UAGUGUCAAGAAUAUAAAGUAGAACGAAGCCACGCUCGAAUUCGAAGAGCAUGGCGGAGGAAGGAUUGAGUAGGGAGGAAGUGCAACGUUAUAGCAGACAAUUAUUACUACCCGAGAUUGGGGUCGAAGGUCAGAAAGCUUUGAAGAGUAGUCGUGUGUUGAUAGUGGGUGCUGGUGGACUUGGAUGUCCCGCUGGCAUAUAUCUAGCUGCAAGUGGAGUUGGGAAAAUAGGCAUUGUAGAUCACGACGUUGUGGAGUUGAACAACCUUCACAGGCAAAUUCUUCAUAAGGAGAAAACCAUACAAACUCACAAAACCGAAUCGUUCUCUUCUGCCAUUAAGGAACUGAACAGUAGCAUCUGUUGUGCCUGUUAUCCUGUUCUUUUGGACAGCGAAAACAUUAAAGAUAUCAUAAUUGACUACGAUAUUGUGAUAGAUGCUACCGAUAACGUAGCAACUAGAUACCUGCUGAAUGAUGCCUGCGUGAUAUAUGGGAAACCUCUGGUUUCGGGUAGUGCCUUGCGAUUGGAAGGACAGCUGACUGUCUACAAUUACAAUGGAGGACCCUGUUAUCGGUGUCUUUUCCCCGUUCCUCCGCCUCCGGAAACGGUGACAAACUGUUCGGACGGAGGAGUCCUGGGAGUGGUGCCCGGUGUCAUCGGAAGCCUUCAGGCACUAGAGACCAUCAAACUGAUUCUGGGAUUGGAGACGUAUUCCCGGAAGUUGCUCCUGUUCGACGCUCUUUCUGGUUUUAAGACCGUUAGACUACGCCCGAGAAAUCCGCACUGCGGCGUAUGCGGAGAUUGUCCUUCCGUUUCGGAGUUGAUAGAUUACCAUCAGUUUUGUAAUAAUGGACCGUGCGACAAGGUGCAAAAAAUUAACGUUCUAAAUGCCAAGGAACGCGUGUCUUGUGGUGACUAUAAAAAUCUACUGGACCGAGGUGUGCGACACGUUUUGGUGGAUGUUCGGUCUCCCAGAGAAGUGGACAUAUGCCAACUUCCAAACUGUACUAAUGUUCCUUUUUCAAAAAUUGAAACAAAAGAAGAAUUAGAUAAACUUUCUCGUUAUAUUCAAGAAAUAAAGGGCGAAACGCCCGAUCCAUUAUUAGGUUUUGUCGUUUGUCGUCGAGGAAAUGAUUCCCAAAGAGCGGUAAAAAUACUAAAAGAAAACUUAAAAGAUGUUAUAUGGAGAGACAUAGAAGGUGGAUUGACGGCUUGGGCAAAUGAAAUCGACCCAUCGUUUCCAAUUUAUUAAUAAUUAAUUUAUUUUGUUACCACGAAUGAGAUACAUCAAAAUUUUUUGAACUAAAGAAUAAAUUGUAAUUUUCUAAAUUAAUGAAAUUUAAUUUUUAAUUUACUAUUUUCAAAUAAAU